CACAUGGGAGCGAGGAUGAGGACACACAAGCGACGUUUGACUUGCAUCAAUUUUGAGACUGGGCAGCCAGGGAUUGGGUGAGAAGGAUGACCCGAUAGAGAUAGAUUGAGCUCUAGCUGUUCAGACAGACAGAGGGAGAGAUAAGGAUGGGUGGAUGGAGUCGCCGGGUAUGGGUAUGGCAGUCAGACAGACAGAGGGAGAGACCGUCGGAGGAUUGACAGGCUGACAGAUGGAUCGACCAGCUAGAUGAGCGAAGGAUUGCAACGCUCCCCUCCCCCCGGUCGCACAGCAAGGCACCAUCCAUGUACAGAUGGGACCAUUCGUGUACAUAUCUAUGUAAAUCGCUGAGACUGGGGGCGACAGUUCUGAGACGCCCCGCGCUUCGCUGCCGCUGACGGAAGCCAGCGAGGCGUGGUUCCACGAGUUGCCUUUGUGCCCAUUCUGGCUCGGUCAAUAACAUGUGGGUGGCUUCGGCUGUGAUCCUCUUGUCAUUGGUCUGGCCAACCAUAUGCAUCAGCCGAGAAGGAGGCCCCGGCCUGCCAUCAUUUGCACUGAGACGGACAGCCUUCGCCGACAGUGCAAAGGCUUGGCCCGGAGGCAUCCUGGAGGAAAAUGCCGCUCAAGCACGGCCACAUGCCACUAGCAAUGGCAUUUUCAUCCUGGAGCCCCCCAAGCUGGACGAGCAAUGCCUGGCGGACAUCAAGAAGAUCUGCCAGACGAAAUAUGUCUACUGCGACAUACUGCAGGUAUGUACUUGUGUACCUCUGUAUACGUUGAUGCAGUGAUGCGUUCAACUUGGUGCAGGUCGAGGAUAGUUUUACCUUCUGGAAGGACGGUGCAGUCAGGAAGUCACUUGCCCGAAUGACCGACGGGGCGGAGAUCGUCGUUGCCGGUGUGACGUACAGAAUCAAGGUCUCGGCUGGAUAUUUUGGCAUGGCAGUCUUCGCUGACGUCGAUAUAUCGAUGGGUGUGUGGGCGGGUGUGUGGGUUGGUGCGUGGGGUGUACAUUUCCUUUGUUGUCGUACAUUUCAUUUGUUUUGUCGAUGUAGCCGGCAUCCAAAGGCCUGUGGGGUUCCCUGCUCACAAGCUCAAGAGAUACACGUCACCAGGCAAAGCGAGACACAGCUGACUGAGCCGUGCCAUGCAUAUGUCUCCGUCUGUCAUGUGCGGUCAGAUGAUGAGCCGGUUAGGCUGAUGCCAGUGGUCAUCAAGGUGGCCAACAUCGCGCACAAGGGCAUGAGAGAGCUGCUGGCAGAGAAGAGGGCAUACGAGCAUCUGUGGCAACACAUACAAGACGGGGCCAUCGACCAAAGCAGCUUCCCUGAAAUCCCCCGUUUCUACCCAAACCCCAUUCCGGGACGCCUGGCGAGCUACCUUAUUAUCGACCAGAUGGACGGCAUUGCCCUUGGCGAGGUGCUCGCGAUGAUGCGGAACCGGAAAUAG